AUGUCUCGACUGCGAGAUCUAAGCGACGGGCUUGAGCUUGAAGCUCUUCUCUUCUCCCAGUUUACAGUGCCCCCACUCCAAUGGAUGGCAGAUCGAGCUCCUGCCUUUGCGGCUCCUCGCCCUCGGGUUAUUUCUCCCUUUGAGAAGCUCCCCGCCGAAGUCCGGCACCAGAUAUACGGAUAUCUUGGCUUCCCUGCCGGACGAAAGCUUUGGCUGAAGUGCUCGGAGACUUGUUGCGACGAUCCCUCACACGCGAAGCCUUUUAUUUCAAGCUGGUCACCAAAGCACAAUGGUUAUGAGCACCGCGUCGUCCUGACGAACAUGAUCUUCGAGCGUCCUGAUGGCCAGUACGACAGAAUCGAACUGGAGGACAAUGCAGCCAUGGCCCGUCGCCGAGCUCGCGAAUGCACGUGGGAGGAGUGCGGUGAUAGUCCAGCUACAACAUAUUGUACAAGCGCCAUAUUCGAGGAAGUCAAACUUACUUGGGGUCUCCUCGACGUUUGCAAGUCCAUCCGAGCCGAAACGCUUGACUUGUUGUUCGGCCAGGCUAAAAUCCGCUUCGACUACGAGUUGAGCGACAAGGCCGUCCAUUACGACAAUUACAAGAACUGGGCUGCAAACAAAUCUGGAACUGGCCAAUACUUCCACAUGCGUCUCAAUCCAGGCUGGUUUUCACAAAUGACGCAGGUCCACCUCUCCGAUUCCGUCGGUCAAGGCUUCUGGGCUAGACGUCCGGGAAUGCCGUGGAAUACAUCCCGCCCAUCUGUGGUCGAGAAUUGCACCAGUUUGGAGGAGCUCGUCAUUCCUCGCGGCGUCAGGGAGUGGCACAUCCGACCCAAUGGACGCCGGUACUUUGGGGAGCAGUGGGAUGGCCGGGAUGAGCCAUUCGAUUACUAUGCAGACCGUGGUUCGGAAUCUCUCCAGGUUCUCGAACUGAAGGAUGUUCCGAGUCUGUUGCGCGAGGAGGCAACAAAGAACUGGCUCAAGGCUGUCUUGAGGGAUCUGGUGGUCGGACCUAGUUACGAUAUUAGGAUUCAUGAUUUUAGUGAGCCUUGA